AUGACCAAGAAUAAAAAUAGCAUUAAUGCAGACGAAUAUUUUAAUGAUUUAUAUAAUGCGCCAAUUUCAAAAGGAAUAAUAACACAAAAUUGUAAUGAUAAGUGCAGAGUGUGUCUUAAGGAAGGUGUAGUGUUUAUUUACGGUGACGAAAACAAAUUCGAUAUAAUGGAAGCCUUAGGAAUUUUCGCGAACAUUGAAGUACAAGAAGAUGAUUUAUUUCCAAAAUACUUAUGUACAAUUUGUUAUAAUUUUAUAAAAAGUGCUAUUAUGUUCAGAAAAAUUGCGAUAAAAACGAACGAUAAAUUAAAACAACAAACAGUAAACAAGUAUAGAUUAAAAGUUGACUGCAAUGACCUAUCUAAAAUUAUAAAAUCAGAGCCCAAUUUAUCAGAUGAAGAAAAACAAAACGAUAUUAUAAAUAAACUAUGCCAACAGGAGAAAGAGGAAAAGGAGAGAAGAAAUAUAAAAAUUCAGUGUCAGAAAUGUAACAAAACUAUUAAGAAAUCCUAUUAUAAAAUACAUAUGACGAUGCAUGAUCCUGACCAUCAAAAGUACAUUUGUGACAUAUGUGGUAAGAAAUUUAGAUUAAAAGUAGGCUAUUACAGUCACCGACUCAGACACAGGAGUGACUAUCCGUAUAAGUGUCAACUUUGUCCGUAUAAAUGUAGGUAUUCAGAAGGUUUUAGAAGCCACAUGAAAACACAUUCUGGCGAACGUAGAUUCAUGUGCUCAGAAUGUCCUGCUCGAUUUCUCUUUAAGAGCAACUUGAACACUCAUGUUCUGUUAAAACAUAGAGAGCCACAGUUUAAAUGUGAAAAAUGCCAAAAAGCUUUUCAUACUGAUUUAAAACUACAAAGUCAUAAUGAGGUAGACCACUUGGGCAUUAAAAGACAUACUUGCAAUAUAUGUGGACAGGCGUUUGGUUACAGAGAUGCUAUGGUGAAACAUCAAAGGAGGGUACAUAAAAGGGAAAAAUUAAAAUUUUAUUAUAAACCUCCACAUAAAGAUAAAAACAGUGUCAAUUAA